GCGCCCAAGCCCUCCUUCCCGCUGAGCCUAAAGUGCUCGAUCCUGCACAACGUGGCGUGCGGCCUGACCUACCUCCACGAGCGAUCGCCGCCCAUCAUCCACCGCGACUUGUCGGCCAGAAACGUUCUCCUGAACUCGGGGAUGGUGGCCAAGAUAGCGGACCUGGGAGUGGCUCGUAUCGUGCCUCGUAUGCGAGUUGCAGCCACCAUGACAAAGGGACCUGGGGCCAUAAUUUACAUGCCUCCAGAGGCCAUGGAAAACAAACUUGAGGAGGAAAAAGAGGAAGAGAAAGACAAAAAGUCAAAGUACGAUGCAAGCAUCGACAUCUUCUCUUUUGGUGUCAUGGCCAUUUUCACACUCUGCCAAACCUUUCCCUGCGACUUGCUAGCAGCCAGCUAUCGUGACGAACAACAAACAAUAGUAGGUCGAACUGAACUAGAGCGACGAGAGGGGUACAUGAGGAUGAUCUACAGGCAGCUACGCGAGAAGCAUCCUCUCCUGCAGAUGAUCGAGGGGUGUCUGAACUUCCCUGAAGACCGGCCGAGCAUUCGUGAGGUGCUGCGUCUGUUGGAGGAGGCCAGAGCUGAAGUGAGAGACGAGCAGACCGACAUGAACAAACUGGAGCUGUUGCGAGCUCUUCAGACCCAGCCCAGGAACCAGGAAAAUGUUGAGCAAGAGGGACAGCUGAGGAGAAAGGAAGCAGAGUUAGCUGAGGCCCAGGGCCAACUGAGACAGAAGGAGGAACUGCUACAGUCCAGUGAAAGGGAGAAACAGAUUGUUGUGCAACAACUACAAUCCAAGAACCAGGAGAUCGUUGAGCUCAAGCAACAACUAGAAUCCACUGAGAGAGAGAAACAGACAGUCAGGCAACAGCUGAUCGGCUCACAGAGACAGAAUCAAGAACUGAGACAGAGAGAGACUGAGUUAGUGCAGGCCAAGGACAGGGAGCUAAGAGAGAAGGCGUCAUUGCUAACAAGGAUGGAGAGAGAGUUAGUUGAGACUCAGCAGCAACUGAGACUGAAGGAGGAACAACUGCAAUCAAUUGAGGCUCUAGUGGCUGACUUCCAGAAGGCCCUCCAGCAGAGAGACUCUGAGACUCAGAGUACAAAGCCUGCUCCCCUAGCAACAGCUGUACCCCAUGCCACACCACCUGUAGUUAAACCACGAAAGCUCACUGUGCAGUGUCAUCGUAAUAAGCCAGCACCAUGUGAAAUGGUCAGAGGAUCUGCAACAACUGAUUGUCUAUUUGCAUACUUCACCCCAGAUGCCUCCACCUCAGUCCACCAAUAUAAAUGUAGUACAGGGAAAUGGGAGGAACUUCCUUCAUGUCCAUAUCAGAACUCUGAACUAGUCCUUAUUGACAGGGAACUAACUGCUGUGGGGGGACAUGAUGGAUAUCGUCAUACUAACAAACUAUGCACACUAGGACAGAGGAAAUGGGUUGAGAAAUACCCUCCAAUGAACACUGCACGUUCCCAAACUGCUGUAGUUACUACAUCUGAUAGCAAUACCUCAUUGCGCAUUGGGGGG